CUCUACGCGCCAUUUUAAUGAAAAGCAACGAGUUAAUAACAUAGAAGAACGAUUGAGAAAUCGACGGCACCGAUAUUAGUAGUCGGAGUAAUCAUCGAACUCCAUCGGUUAAAAAUUUGGUGUUUGAUUCCGGCCUAAGAAAGCGAUUACGCGCAUAGAGAAGGAUUCGAGGUCUAAUUGUCCGCCGGAUCCUUUCUCUCCGGUCGGAGGAUUCUUCAUCCUAGGGUUUUGCUUUUCUUCAUAUCAUUUGUUCUCUGGAUCAAUUAUCCUCCGACCUAUGUUCAAGUUUUGGGGAUCUCAAGAGGAACAGGUGCGUCCUCCACAACAUGUUACCACACAGUCAUGGUAUCCACCCUCUGUUAGCUCCUCUCGCCCUGCAACCCCAGGUAGCACCUCCUCCAAUCAUUCCAGUUCACAAAGGCUUUCUGGUAGGCCACAGUCUCCAUCACACGUUUCCCCUGCUGAAGCUGCCGGCAUUAUUUCUGCUUUGAAGGACAAAAGUGUUGAUGAGUUGCGAAAGCUUUUGUCAGACAAGGAUGCAUAUAAUCAGUUCCUCCUUUCACUUGACCAGGUCAAAAUUCAGAACAAUCUAAAAGAUGAGCUGCGUAAGGAAACUCUUCAGCUUGCUAGUGAGAACGUGGAAAAGGAACCACGCAUCAUGGAACUCAGAAACCAGUGCAGAAUUAUUCGGACAACGGAAUUGGCAGCGGCCGAGGAGAAGCUAAACGAGCUUGACCGAAAGAAAGAGGACAUUAUGAAGCUCUGUUCUCCUGCUUCACUUCUCAAAAGGCUUCAAGAGAGAAUGAAAGAGACAGAAGAGGAGUCGGAGAAGGUGCACAUGCAGCUCCUUGAGAGAGAGAUAGAUUUGAGUUCAUUUACUCAUAAAUACAAGAAGCUGCGUAUGGAUUACCACCGGCGAGCUCUCAUUCAACUUGCUGCCAGAACCACCUCAAACUAAACCGCACAAUACUGAUCACAGUGGCAGUGAGGUAUAUUCUUAACCGACAAAAUUUAUUGCCUUACUGCUACUGCUACAAGCUGUUCUCUUUCAGGGGUGGAGGUUGAAAUCAUUUGAAUCAUCCAUCCCAGAUGUGUUUUCUACCAGUUUGUGUGGGUUCGUUUUAGUGAUGAUAAUAAGUUGAUUCUUUUCACUUUGAUGAAUGGUUGUAAAGAUGAUAUCUGUGCUGUUUUGUUUGGCAUCAUUUUUCUAUCAUAGCUUACAAGUUGAUAGCAGCUACCCAGGCCCCCUUCUCAUUUUUCUCUACUUUUUAUGUAAUUAACACUUCAUCAUAAGUACAUUAAUCGGAGUUUGGACUUGUAAUUUAACCUUUUCUAAAAUAUAUACAUACAUACAUAGUUAUGCAA